CAAAAAUUCCUCAUCUCUAUGCAUUAAUUUAUGAGCUAAAGAAACAAGGCAUCAAAAUGGCAAUGACCAGAGCCUUGCAUCUCCACUCAUAUACUGCUCGGUUAAUGAACUCCACACGAAGAAAAAGUUGCAUGAGCAGACAGCACGUUAUUAUGGUCGUCAAAUGCAACAAAGAAGGUCCGAUGACAAUCUCGUCGGAUCAAAAGAUUCGAGAAAGAGAAUUAAAAGCUUUUGAUGAUACAAAAGCUGGUGUGAAGGGACUACAUGAUAAAGGGGUGGCAAAGCUUCCUCGUAUCUUUGUUCAUGAUAAUGACAGACAGGAGGAGAAGUCCGGUAACAGCAUGUUUCAGGCUGGCAUUCCUGUCGUCGACAUGGAAGGUGUGAAUCAAUUAGAUCCCUUUUUGCGAGCCAAGAUCGUGGAUAAGCUUCGCGAUGCUUUUGAAAAAUGGGGAUUUCUUCAGGUAGUUAACCAUGGAAUUUCAGUUGAGGUUAUGGAGAAGAUGAUGGAAGGAAUACGCAUGUUUCAUGAGCAAGAUAAUGAGGUGAAGAAGCAAUACUAUUCGAGGGAUUCCACGAGGAAUGUCUUGUAUAAUAGCAACUAUGAUCUUUAUGAGUCGACAGCAGCGCUCUGGAAGGAUACCAUUACUUGUAAAAUGGCUCCAGUUCCUCCUAAGCCAGAAGAACUGCCCGCCAUUUCUAGAGAUAUUAUGCUGGAAUACUCAAACGAGGUUAUGAGGUUAGGGAUUACACUACUUGGAUUGCUGUCGGAGUCUUUGGGACUGGAAACAGACUACCUUGUGAACAUGGGUUGUGCUGAGGGGCUUUACCUGAAAGGACAUUAUUAUCCACCUUGUCCACAGCCUGAGUUGACUUUGGGGAUUGUCAACCACACCGAUUUCAGCUUCCUAACAAUACUCCUCCAGGAUCAAAUUGGUGGUCUCCAAGUGCGUCAUCAAGAUACAUGGGUUGAUGUACCUUGCUUGCCUGGAGCUUUAGUCAUUAACGUGGGAGACCUCUUGCAGUUGAUAUCAAAUGACAGAUUCAAAAGCGUGUUUCAUAGAGUGUUGUCAAAACGGGAAGGUCCAAGAAUAUCAGUGGCAAGCUUUCUAAGACCACAUUCUGGUGCAGGUUUUUCAGCGAUGCUAUAUGGCCCAAUCAAGAAACUUUUAUCAGAAGAAAAUCCGCCAAUCUACAGAGGGACGACGAUAGAAGACUAUGCAAAAUACUUCUUCAAGAAAGACAAAGUUGGAGUUCGAGCUCUAAAGUAUUUCAAGUUGUGAUUAACAUUUUAAGGAGUCAGGAGGGAAAUUAUUGAGAAGGACGAGAUGAAGUAUUGUGGUUGAUUGAAGACUAUUGCUGAUUUGUUACAACUACAAGCAGUUUUUCCCUUCUGCGUUCAUUGCAAAAUAAAUACGGUCUUGUACAUCAGAAUUUGCACUGUACUCGAGCUUCUCUUCUAGCUAAGAAAAUGGCAGUUCCAUGACUCGGGCAGCUGAUCACGAAUGAACAAUGAUAUGUUCAAAAGUGAAAACCACAGGGUACUCGCGAAACAAGAAGGCCCAAGGAUUUCAGUAGAAAGUUUCUUCGGGACACAUUUUGAUCAAGAAGGAAGUACAUCAAGGCUCUAUGGACCGAUCAAGGAACUAUUAUCAGAAGAAAACCCACCACUCUACAGAGAGAUUACAGCCAAACAGCUGCUUACACAGCGUUACAAUGAUAGCCUGCAUAAAGCUCCACUUUUAUCACAUUUUAAGUUGAAUGCUGCUACUUGGGAACCAUGAAAUAUGCCGUUUUUGCAAGUUCAGUGUUUUCAUAAACCUUUUGCGGCAUUCAUGAUGCAUCAAUAAGUUGAUGAUUUAUCAUUUGUAUCUGUAUGA